AUGGUGAAGGGCAAAGGAAAGAGCGGUGGCAAGAGCAAGGGGAGCUAUGGAGGCUACAAGGUGAGAACCAGCUUUUUGAAGAGAGAUAGCCCGGUGGCAUGGAGAGACUCCAAAGGAAAAGGGAAGGGCGGAGGGAGACUUGGAGAUUUCAUGGCUCAGAAGUUCAGGCUUGUGUUGCCAAGAACUGUUAAAGGAAGUUUCCAAAAAGAGCAUCGACUUCUGAAACCAACGAGACGAGACGAGGCGACAACGCGUUGUCCGCCGUUCAGGAAGUCCAGUCGCAAAGGCGACAACGGCGGCAAGUGGAUUUGGGUGGAGUCCGAGACGCCCAGACAGCGCAAGGGCAAGAGAAGGGCCGCAGCCUUGACAAGUGAGUUUUGGACCAAGAAGGUAGAAGAAGAGAGAGUCAUCCAGCGCUACAACGUGAAGCAAGGAUGGGGUCUGAUUAAACCGGACAACCUGUCGGCUUUGCCAGCGCAAGUGAAGAAGAAGAUCGCCGAAGCCGAGGCAAAGGUUGAGGAGAGUGGCAAAGAGGUGGAAGAUGUGACCGUCGGUCUCCGACUUCCCGACUUCUUUGGUACGGGAAGUCUGUAUCCGCAUAGACACCAGGCACGCGAAUGUGCUGGUUGGCAGAUUUUUGGGGAGGCCUGGGGCGUGCUGGAGGCCUUGCCGCUGGACCACCGCGGCGCGUUGCAGGUCUCUGCACCGUUCUGCCACGACUUCUUCGAGGACCGAGGACGCACGGAGCGAGCACCUCAUUUGCUGCCUUUCUUGAAGUCUCAGAUCUUGGAGAAAGGGAAGGCGACGCGGAUCGAGGUAGAGGGCUGUGACGUGAGGCCUCAAGAGUUUUGGUGGUCUGCUUGGGAGAAAUGGACGGAACAUGAAUUCGCAGGUCGCAUCCAGUUGCACUUGCAGCAGCAGGACUUAGUGCAGAGUGCCCAGCGCCCGGCAGGGCUGAUCUUGGCGGCGCAUCCAGAGGUCACCAACGGUGGGCCUUGGCUGCCAAUCCUACGGCAUGUGCUCGCCAGCCGGGCCAAGGGCGGCCGAUGUGUCUUUGCCACCUUCUACCGCCAGGAAGCGGAGGCGUGCGUGCAGAUCUGCCGCAUGGAGAAGGUGCAGGCGGAGAUCCGAGAGAAUCCGCGCCUCGGCGGAGUCUCUCGGGACGGUCUGGCGGGACCGCGGGGACCGAAGCCGCCGGUGCCAGCGGUUUCUAUUUUUUUUCUAGGGGGGAGGAAGCGGUGGAAUGGUUGGGGGUGCAAGUAG